UAAAGAAGAACGGGUCGGAUAAAGGAAAAUGGAUGAAAUGCAACAUUUUAUUUAAAUGACGUACCUUUAGCAAAAGGUAAAUUCGAAGGAAUACAUUUAGUGUUUCCUUGUCCAUCCUGUUUCAUGAAAAUAUAAUACAAGCAGAUGCGAUGAGUGCUGUCGGGGGACAGGUUUUUGACGCGGAAUGCAUCCUCAGCAAACGACCAAAAAAGGGAAAAUUCGAGUAUCUGGUGAAAUGGAGAGGGUGGUCAUCAAAACAUAAUAGCUGGGAGCCUGAGGAAAACAUCCUUGAUUCACGACUACUGGCCGCAUUUCAUAAGAGUGAACAGGAAAAGGAAAUUCUUUUACAGAAGCAUGGCAAAAGACCAAGAGGGCGGCCACGAAAAAUCCCGGAAUUGGUUCCAGCUGCAACAAAAUCAAGCAGAUCUUCAUCAUCUAACUCUUCCUCAUCUUCCUCAGCCUCCUCUGAUGAUGAUAUUAUCCGUGCCAAAAAGGUGAAGCCAGGCUCUCGAACAUGUGAGUCUCACCCUCUUCCGCAGAAGAAAGCACAGACUGUGGUGGCCAGGGAGAAGCCAGUAAAGAAAAAACAUUGGAGGAAAGCACUGCCUCCAGAGCUGAACGCAUGCAAACAGAGCAAGAGAGAUAAACAUUUCUUGAAAACCCCUUCUAAAGCUUUGACCAGGGAAGCCAAGCCUGCCACCAAAAAGCCACUACAACCAGCCAGCUUCACCUACCCAGGCAUGAGCCGGAACUCCAGGGAGCAUCUGGGUGUGCUGGGUAGUGGGUCCUUCACACACGGUGGCAUUGGUAAAAGCUGCUUGAACCCCACAGAGUCCACCCACAGCAUGACCACAACCAUCUCUUCCCUCAACAGAUUUGCUCAGAGCAGGAACACCUCAGACUUCAAGCUCUCAAUCUCUGACAUCAGCAGCAGUGCAGGACUGGACUUGAAGCAGAACACUGCAUCAAAAUCCCUUGGAGUAGCAGCACUUAAUUUAUACAAUUCUCAACAGAGUAGCUGCAGCAUUGGGCAGGGCCAGGGCACUCCCCAGGCACCUGUAGGUUCUUUGAAUGGGCAACAGAAGCAUUCUGUUUCAGGGCAGACGCUCAUACAUCCGCUGUCCAAUAGUAAGCUGGCAGGCCUGUCCAGCACCAGCCAGGCCCACAGCCUGGAGGUUCUCAACCUUCAGUGUGUCAGCAAACCCACACAGGGCAGUUAUCCAGCAGGUAAGGGGUCUGCUGCAGAGUCAAACCUUCACAGCACUGCAAGACCUGCACAGAAUGCAGCAGUGGGCAAUGAUAACCAGACACACAACUUUGUGAAAAAUCUGUCCAUGAACAGCCAACCAGAAUCUGGCAUUCCCAAAGAAAGGGGCAAUGAGGGUACAGUAAGGGAGGCACUCUCUAAGAGGACAGGAAGGGUGGAGAGGGUUCAAGUGCAUAACAGCCCCUCUACACCUGGCAGGGCUGCUAAGGGUCCGGAAGAUACAGCAUUGUCCAAGGAUGGAAGCGAGCCAGAAAAGGUUCAGAGUCAAAUGAGCACUGGAGAGGAGGGGAAUAGCUCCGACUCAGACCGACCAGGCCCCUUCCACAAUGGGGGCCAGAGCAUGUUUGUAUCUGUACCAACAAAUCAGGACUGGAAGCCUACACGUAGCCUGAUUGAGCAUGUGUUUGUCACAGACAUCACUGCUAACUUGGUCACGGUGACCGUAAAGGAGUCCCUGACCAGCGUGGGCUUUUUUAACAUCCACCAGUAAUGAAACUGCAACUGCAUGCCUUGACCCUUUGUACUGAACUGAGCUGCUAUUCCUGGUCACAAAGGCAGGGACAUAGCCAACAUUGCAUAAAUCUGAAGGAAGUGCAGAAACGGUAGAUCUUUAUUGGUAUGUUGUCCAGUUCUAGUCCUGUUCUAACUUUUCCUCAGAACAUAGAACCAGUAAACUUGGUAUUAUUAGUAUUAAGAUGUAUUCUCUUUUAAUACUUAUUUUGGUGCUUUGUAAUCCUAGUACUGCUGCAUUCCUUCAUUUUAUAUACACCUAACAGUAAACUGUUAAUGUGAACUGGAUUUGUGAAAGAUGUGACUGUCCUGCAUAUUUAUCUUCUAUCAGUAUUCACAGUUGAGGACCAUUGAAGCAUCAGGAUUAUGCCAUUGGCACACUUGGUUUUAUAAUAGUAUUACAGAAGCACAAAUUUAAUGUUCAUCCUUUCAUAGACAUUGGUGUAAUUACCGAAGUAAAUGACAGAAUGAGCCUCAUCUCAGCGAUUGAAGAGAGGUUUUGUAUCAUACAGUGCAGUCUAAGUAUUUAGACUGUUACACAUUUGAUCUCGUUUUCGCUUUCUAGCACACAAACAGUUGAAGUAAAACAAUCAGUGUGGUUAAAAUUGAGAUUUUCCAGCUUUAAUUUGAGGUUUUUACAUUCAUAUUGGGUGACCUGUGUAGGAAUAACAGCCCAAAGCAUACAAAGCCCCCCCCCCCCUGGUUUUAGGGGACCAAAAGUAAUUGUACAAAUUAAAACAUUUAAAUCAAGUCAUCCUAAGAUUCAAUAUUUUGUUGCAAAUCCCAAAAAACUCCUUGGUUGCUUUGGCUAUAUGUUUUGGAUCAUUGUCGUGCUGCUUGAUGAAGUGUUGUCCAAUAGGUUUUGAUGCAUUUGCUUGGAUCUAAGCAGACAAUAUGUUAUUGUAUACUAUGGCAUUGACCCUGCUGCUGCCAUCAGCAGUGACCUCAUCAAUGAACACAAGUGAGCCAAUUUCAGUGGCAGCCAUACAUGCCCAUACCUUAACAAUGCCUCCGCCAUGUUUGACAAAUGAGGUGGUAUGCUCUGGGUCGUGAGCGGUUCUCUUCUAUUCUUUUUUUUUUUUUUUUUUU